UGGUGUGUGCAAAUGAAUGCUCAUUAAGCCCUUCCUCAUUUUGCAUGCCUGUAGCCUCAGGGAUGAUAGUAGUGUGUCACUAUCAGAGGGAGGAGGGAAGAAAAGAUGGAUGCAGAGAGGACAACGUGGAGAAAACGAGAGAGGCAGAGAGGAAGGAGGGAGCUGGUUUUGGAGCAGCAAAUGAACAGCCACAUUACGAGGCAUGUGAUUCCUGCCAUGGCAAAAGGCUGGCUGAUAGAGAGAGAGAGAGAGCGAGAGAGAGAGACGCUUCCAGCCAGAUCUCAGUGCUGCUUAGUCUGCUGUUGUGUGUAGAAGCAGCAGAAAAGGUUAGGUUGUGAGGUUACGAGACAGUUACGUUUUAACACAGGAAAAGGACUAAGACACAAAAACACCGUUGUGAGGUUACAAGACCGUUACGUUUUAACACAGGAAAAGGACAAAGACACAAAAACACCCAAACCAGAAGCAGAGACAGGGGAACAGAAGCAUGUCCUCUCUCUCGAACCAACAACCAACGUCUCCGUUCUCAGAAUAUAGUGAGCUAUGUAAAGUCCCAUCCAUGUCCACAUCCGCCACCCCUCCGGGAUGGGACUGGCAGCAUGGAGACCUCGGGGCACCGCCGAGUUUCGGAGGUGGCCUUCGAGCAACGGGGAUGACGGAUGAGGACAAGCUAUGCUUCUACGAGUCUUCUUCUGAGCUCAACGUCCCCGGGCGAGGAGCCGUUCCAAUAAGCGUGUCAUUUGGCAGCACCGGGGACAGUCCGGAAAGCCUCUCGUCCUCGUCUCCAUCAGCUGUGUCUCCUGGAAGAUUCGCAGCUUGCACUGCGGACAACAAUGGCAUGAUGCUUCUGGAAUCACCUGCGGGACACGAAGAAGUUCUGUCGCCUCUCGAACCCUCGAAACCGUCUCCGUUCUCCGGAUUGCUUCCGGAAAAGAGUCCCAGCACACUGUCGCCCCGAACACCUCCAAACUACUGCGUCAUUGGCGUGGUCAACGAUAGUUACCUGGAGAGCAAAGACGAGCGGCCGAAGGCUGAUGGGUCGUCACAUGAAAGCGAGGAAGAGGAAGACCUUGAGCCUUGCUUAAUGGGAAGAGCCGAGCAACAGAGGAAGGCGAUGAGGCGAGCGAUGUCCGAGUGUUCGCACCUUUCCGUACCUGCUAGUCUCGUGCUCCCGGAUAAGUAUCCCGGUGGAGACGUUCUUGACAAGUUGCCUUCGCCUAUCGGAGGACCUCGUCGCCAGCAUGCAGGGGCUAUGAAACGCUCUCUAACUGUAGCCGACGAUCAACCUCCAACCCCGCCACCAAUCCUAUCUGCCACUCGCAACGACCUACGGAAUGAUAUCGAACUACAUUUCCCCCCUUUCCCCGCACGCAAAGACCAAAGCAGCUUUCCCCUCUCGCCCUUGGAUGACCUGCUGGAGGGACCAUUCAUUGACAACGACCAAGGAGUCGUUCUACCCGUGCCGGUGACAACACGUGCCCUUAAUGGGACUUACAACAAUGCUGGAGACAAAAUCGACACGAUUGCUGAGGCGUUUGAUGAAAACUCUGAGAAGAACAAGCCGGAGGUGAACAAAAUGGACACUGUCCAGAAGUUCGAUGACUUUAAUGUUGUCAGCAAGACGGACAAAUAUCAGAAGAUGGAAACAGUGGAGGAGAAAGACAAAAUUGUCCACACGGACAAACAGACAACCAAAGGAGAAAGCACAGAAGCUGUGGACAAAAUCAAAGACGUGGAUGUGGCUAAAUCAGAGAAGGAUGAAAUCGUUCACAAAGUAGAAACGCCAGUGAAAGUUGAGAAGGUCGAACCUUUGGAGAAAAAUACUAAAGAUGAGACUGAAAAGGCUGAUAAGGUUGAGAAGACCACCGACAAAAACCAGACGACAGAAAAGAUUGAUUCCUCUCCAAAGAUGGAGAAAGAGAAGGUGGAGCCGGUGGAAAAGGUUGAGCUGAAGACGGAAGUAGAAGUGAAAGUAGAGAAGAAAGACGAGGAGAACAAAUCAGAUCAGAAAGUAGAGAAAGAUGAACAGAAGAACAAAGAAGAGCAGGUGAAGGAAGUGGAAAAGGAGAAAGCAGAACAGAAGACCCAAAAAGACAAGACCGAAAAGGACAAAGUAGAACCGAAAGCAGAAAAGACUGAGCCGGCUGACAAGAAACCUGCCAAAGCUGAGAAGGACGAGAAAGCCAAAAAACCAGCUGCUAAACCCUCCGCGGCCAAGCCUGCGGUAACCAACGGUGCACCUGGAAAAGACUUGACUAGUCCUGAGAAGAAGACCAAGCCUGUCGCCGGCGCAACCAAACCUAGCUCUGCCAAGCCCCGGCCGAGCUCCGCCUCCAGCGCUACAGCCGUUCCCAAGCGCUCCACCCCUACCUCAGCCGCCAGCGCACCCGCACCCCUCAGCAAAAAAGCCCCUGUACCCAAAGCUCCUGCCCCAGCCGCUGGCACCAAACGGCCCGCCACUGCGUCCACACGACCCUCCACCGCAUCCAGCACAGUCACCAGAGAGGUCAAGCCCAAGACGAUCACAGAGAAACGGCCGCCUGUGCCAAAGGCUGCUGUCGCUCCGGCUCGACCCGCCGCAGACAGACCUGCGACCGCAACACGCACCGCCGCCAGCGCUCCAGCAGCACGACGCCUGGUCGCAAAGACAGAGAGCAAACCAGGAGACGAAAAGAAACCAAGCACACUGAAAACUACAGAUGCCGCCCGCUCUAAACCUGCUCCUCUCAAAGCCUCCACCACUACAAGCAGCAGCAUCGCCGCUCGCCCUCGCACCACCAAAACACCCCUCUCUAGCAGCACUACAGCCGCUGCUGCGCCCGAGAAGAAGCCGGCGGUGCCCCGCGCACCUCGACCCAGCUCCAGCUCCACCUCCAGCGCCAGCGCAAUGACUCGCAGCACAGCGCGGCCCAGCUCCACACCGGCACCCGACAUCAAAAACAUCCGCUCCAAGAUCGGCUCCACAGACAACAUCAAGCACCAGCCGGGAGGAGGAAAGGUCUCAGUGUCUCAGAGCUCGCCCUCCAAAGAGACCAGCCAGGGCAAAGUUCAGAUAGUCUCCAAAAAACUGGACUACAGUCACGUGACUUCUCGCUUGGGCUCCAAGGACAAUAUGAAACAUGUUCCUGGUGGAGGGAACGUCCAGAUUCUCAACAAGAAGGUUGACUUGAGUAAAGUGGCUUCAAAGUGUGGCUCCAAGGCCAACAUCAAACAUAAACCAGGUGGAGGCGAAGUCAAGAUCGAGAGCCGUAAGGUGAACUUUAAGGAUAAAGCUCAGCCCAAGGUGGGCUCAAUGGAUAAUGUCAAUCAUGAACCUGGAGGCGGGAACGUUACGGCUGAGGGGGCGCAGGAGACUGCUGAGGGCAGCGCGGCUCCCUCUAGUGGUGUCUCUGCCACCCAGCCGUCAGCCGGCGCUGCCCAGGAGAAUGGGCUGAAGGAGGCCGGCCCCUGCAGGAGUGAGGAGCUCCGGGACCCGCAGGGCCUGGACUCGCUCAUCCCUGAAACAAGUAAGUUUGUGUGUAACCCGGCCCGAGAAACCCGAAAAGACUGACCCCGUCAGACUAGAGAUUGAGUCUUUCAAGCUAAAUUUCCGCGAGAACGCCUGCUCUCGCACGGACCACGGCGCAGACAUCAUCACCUGGCCCGUCUCGGGUGACAGCCCUGUCCACUCCCACCUGCUCCGCAGCAGCGUCUUGCUCAACGACUCCCCCGCGACCUCUCACACCACCCCGGCCCUCCUCUCCUCCCAGGAACAAGGGGGCGACGUCGGCUCGCUCACCGGACUCCGGAUGUGAUUUCUAUCUUCUCAUUGGUCCGCUGCUUUCUAAACCCCGCCUCCUUCAUUGCUAAGACUCACAUGAUUGGUGUGCUCUCUGUUGACGGUUCUGCUCGGUGAGGCUGUACAGAUUACAGUCAUCAGGAUGUGCAAAACAUGUGCUCAGUUGGAGCGAAAUCUGUAAACUCUGAGGUCACACUGUAACAUGGCUAAACUCACGCUACUCACACCUAGAAAUCAGCACACCUGCUACAUCACUUGUUGUAGAGCAUGAAUCUAGUAUUCAUAAUCAAACCUGCACAUACCCAUCUGAUCACCACAUGCAAACACAUCUGGAUCCAUCUGGACAUCAUCUCUCGCUGCCUUCAAGUCCUCAUGGGAAGUUUGUGCUUACGAGUUAUUUACCAUGCGAUCGUGUCAUAUGAAAAAUCGCUUUCUGACAAAAUUGAGCUUUUUUUUGUGCCAAAGCAACAAAAUUAAGAGCAAAGGAUGUGCAUUAAAGGGAUAGUUCACCUAAAAAUAAAAAUUCUGUCAUUAAUUACUCCCCCUCAUGUCGUUCCA